GCGGGGCGGCGGGCGGCCGGGGCGGCGGCGGGCGCGGCCCGAGGCGGGCGCGGCGGCGAGGGCGGCGGCGGCGGCGGCGGCGCGCGGGGCCGGCGGCGGCGGCGGCGGCGAAGAUGGCGGACGUGCUGAGCGUCCUGCGCCAGUACAACAUCCAGAAGAAGGAGAUCGUGGUGAAGGGGGACGAGGUCAUCUUCGGCGAGUUCUCCUGGCCCAAGAACGUCAAGACCAACUACGUGGUGUGGGGGACCGGGAAGGAGGGCCAGCCCAGAGAGUACUACACGUUGGAUUCCAUCUUGUUUCUUCUCAACAAUGUGCAUCUCUCCCACCCUGUCUACGUCCGGCGGGCAGCCACUGAAAACAUUCCUGUGGUUAGAAGACCCGACCGAAAAGAUCUGCUUGGCUAUCUCAACGGGGAGGCAUCAACGUCGGCAAGCAUAGACCGAAGCGCCCCUCUAGAAAUAGGUCUUCAGCGGUCUACUCAAGUCAAACGAGCUGCAGAUGAAGUUUUAGCAGAAGCAAAGAAACCACGGAUUGAGGAUGAAGAGUGUGUGCGCCUUGACAAGGAGCGGCUGGCUGCUCGCCUGGAGGGGCACAAAGAGGGCAUCGUGCAGACGGAGCAGAUCAGGUCUCUGUCGGAAGCUAUGUCGGUGGAAAAAAUUGCGGCAAUCAAAGCCAAAAUUAUGGCGAAGAAAAGGUCUACCAUUAAGACGGACUUAGACGAUGACAUAACGGCGCUGAAACAGCGGAGCUUUGUGGACGCCGAGGUGGACGUGACCCGGGACAUCGUCAGCAGAGAGCGCGUGUGGAGGACGCGGACGACGAUCCUCCAGAGCACGGGGAAGAACUUCUCCAAGAAUAUCUUCGCCAUCCUUCAGUCUGUGAAAGCCAGAGAAGAAGGGCGUGCCCCCGAGCAGCGACCAGCCCCCAACGCGGCGCCUGUGGAUCCCACAUUGCGAACCAAACAGCCCAUCCCAGCUGCCUACAACAGAUAUGACCAGGAGAGAUUCAAAGGGAAAGAAGAGACGGAAGGCUUCAAGAUCGACACGAUGGGCACGUACCACGGGAUGACGCUGAAGUCCGUGACGGAGGGUGCGUCGGCCCGCAAGACUCAGACGCCUGCAGCACAGCCGGUUCCGAGACCAGUUUCUCAGGCAAGACCUCCUCCUAAUCAGAAGAAAGGUUCUCGCACACCCAUCAUCAUCAUCCCCGCCGCUACCACCUCUUUAAUAACCAUGCUCAACGCCAAGGACCUGCUGCAGGAUCUCAAGUUCGUCCCGUCGGACGAGAAGAAGAAGCAGGGCUGCCAGCGGGAGAACGAGACGCUGAUCCAGCGGAGGAAAGACCAGAUGCAGCCGGGCGGCACGGCGCUCAGCGUCACGGUGCCCUACAGGGUGGUGGACCAGCCCCUGAAACUCAUGCCUCAGGACUGGGACCGGGUCGUGGCCGUUUUCGUGCAGGGUCCUGCGUGGCAGUUCAAAGGGUGGCCAUGGCUUUUGCCUGAUGGAUCACCAGUUGACAUAUUUGCCAAAAUCAAAGCCUUCCAUCUCAAGUACGAUGAAGUCCGCCUGGACCCCAACGUGCAGAAGUGGGACGUCACGGUGCUGGAGCUGAGCUACCACAAGCGCCACCUGGACCGGCCGGUGUUCCUGCGCUUCUGGGAGACGCUGGACAGGUACAUGGUAAAGCAUAAAUCCCACUUGAGGUUCUGAAUUGCCUGGUCUCCCGGCUGGAAUCUGGGUGACGGAGCAUGGCUAGACCUUCAUGUACAGACUGAGUGUCCAUGAGUCCAUCCAGCACUCACAGGGACGAAGGUCACGGCGAGCACACGAUCUCCUCCGACGCUGUUGUCUGCAAAGGGAUCAUGGAUGCCUGCCAUUCACAGAAGCAAACUUUUUGGCCUACAACUAUUUUUUUAAUAUUAGCCUUCUAGUCUGUAAUGGAAAUUGUAUAUUUUGAUAGACAUUUUUUCUCCAUUGGUUUAACUAGCAUUACUUAAAACGUGUUUCUUUAGAAAACGCAGGUUCUUCAUGUGUGUAUAUGUAGAGAUGACGAGGCCCCAGGAGCCAUCUUGCUUCUGAUUUUUCAUUGCUCUAUAAUUCCUCUUACUGAGAAUACUGUGUUACGAAUGGUAUUAAAUAUUAGUUUCUGGAACUUGCAAAAACCAAGCAAAGGGAUGUGACUAUUUUGAAUGGGUCAGAAUGGCAGCCUGUAUGUAGACCACAUCUAUACGUAGUCUUUAUUUAAAAAGGAAUAAUGAAAAAUCAAGAACACUUCUUCAGCUUUGGUUGGACUACUUUAGCCUUUUCGAGACUUCUUAUAUUGAAUACGUGGAAUGAAUGUAUGUUCUCCUCGCUGACUUUGCUGGUUUUAAAACUUAGGAGGAUAUGUUUCUAUCUGGGAUGCCUUCCCACUAGAAAAGUCUCAGAACCAGUUGAGACCCCAUUAGGCCACAGGACUUUCUAGCUGGGAGCCAUAGUGUGACCUGGGGGAGGAAGUGCUUCCGCCUACUGCAGCGUCAUUUCCGCUUCCUCCCUGAGCGGGCGUGGGGCUCCGAGUCUUCUGUUUCCGGGCACCUUGGCCUCGGCGUCCUUCUCUGCCAUUUCCCCUCACUGCCGAUCAGUUCUCCGGCACCAAAGAACACGUUUGCUUAAGAAGUGUCUGAACAGAAACACUGGUAUUUUUAUGUGCGUAUUCAAUAGCGUAUGAGAUAUAAAACCUCUAUUUUAACUUAGUGAAAUAUUUUACUACUUCUCUACUUCAGACCGAGUGUUGCAUCCGUGGUUCAAUGAAUGAGCUUUUCCCUCGAGUCUUUACUUCCCCUCUUUUGCCUCUUAGAGUAACGUGGACCCUUUAUUCCCCUGGCGAGUUUUUUCCAUUAGAAUCGUUGCUGGUCAUUUAUAUCAUCCCUUCACCCCUCCUGCCAUCUCCCCCCCUCCCCCGGCAUCUCUCUCGGGUUGACAUAUUUUUUGUGUGAACAUUUAACUCCUCCUCAUGUUCAGAUGCCCUCACCUGGCCUCAUUUUGAAAUUGAACGCUGUCAUAAAAACGAGAAAGCACUUAUUACUCUUUAACCAUACAAGUCCAUACCAACGGGGAACGGGCAAAUUACUUACCCACGUGGAAUUCUCUAGGCUUUUCAGGAGAAAAGCGUCCGCGCUGAGAGUGACUGGGUCUUAGGGCGCUGAUGAAGUUUGAACAGAUUCCCCUCCCCCUUGCUUUUUCUCCUCCGCAUCUUCCCUUCUUGUUAAUAAAAGGAAACUUUCCAUUUGUUCGCAUCAGGCCCUCUCCGCAUAGAAGUCUCCCUGCAGACUGAGUUAUGUAUCCAUUAGCUCCCUCCCUGGUGAAAUGGCCCCGGUCUGGACUCUGUGAUAUUUUAAGCUUACCUGUUGAGACUACUACAAGUGGACGCGAACUACCUUUCUAUAAAGAUUUUUAGUAUUUGUACUUCUGUGUGAACUUUACUGAUCCAGAGUGUGGUUACCUUCGGGAACAUCUCCUUUCCACAGGACUUAUUUUUCUAUCUUGCAUCUGCCUUACACGUAUUGGAAGGCUUCUGGAAAUACCGGACGGAGCGGUACCUGCGCUGCCGUGUGUCUUAAAAUCAGACGCUGAGCAUGUCAUUGUUUCCUUUGUCUUUUUCUCUUUUCCAGUCCCUUGUUUAGGUCCAUACAAUCAAUCUGUAGCCAUUGAUUCUAAA